AUGUCCGAAAUUAAAAAAAAUCAUUGUUCAAAAAAAAUCGAAAAAAAAGAUGUGUUUUCAACAAGUAACAACAAUGAUUCGAAAAAAUCGAACAAAGCAAAAGAAAUCGAGUUUUUCGAGGAUAAUAGUUUAGCAAAAAAUAAGAGAAAGCAACCAACUGAAUCCGAAGAGAAUCCACAACAGCAAAUCGACUGGACUUUAGUAUCUACGACUAUUCUAGCGACAGAUAUAUAUUUAAAUUCAAAUGAAAAUAACUCUAAUUUAUCCAUAACAACUUAUUCGGAUCAAAUGGAAA